CAUCCUCACCUCCUGCAGUGCUCUCCCCGCUACGCACGCUUAUGCCUUGUUCGCUGCUCUACCAUAGCUUCUUCCACGCCACCCGCGCUCCGUCAAUACCCACAACCCCCCGCUAAACCUACCCCGCUGCCACCAUGUCUGUCAACAUCCAGCGCGACAACCAUGAUCCUUUCUAUCGCUACAAGAUGCCGCUGAUUGUGUCCAAGAUCGAGGGCCGCGGCAACGGCAUCAAGACCGUCAUCGUCAACAACGCGGACGUCGCGCGCGCGCUCGCUCGCCCGCCCAUGUACGUCACAAAGUUCUUUGGCCUCGAGCUCGGCGCGCAGACCUCCAUCAACGAGACCACGGACCGCUACAUGGUCAACGGCGCACACGACGCGCCCAAGCUGCAGGACCUGCUCGACGUGUUUAUCAACAAGUUCGUGCUCUGCACCUCGUGCCGCAACCCCGAGACAGACCUGGUCAUCACCAAGGACCAGAUGAUCUACAAGGACUGCAAGGCCUGCGGCAAGCGCUCGCCCAUCGACAUCCGCCACAAGCUCGCCGGCGUCAUCGUCAAGAACCCGCCGUCGUCCUCGAGCUCGAAGAAGGGCACCGCGUCCGCGAUCAAGAAGAGCAAGAAGAACAAGUCCGGCGACGACGACGCAGACGAGGAAGAGGGCUCCGACGACGAGCUCACGAAGCGCAUCGCCGCUGAGGCUGAAGGUCUUCCCCCCGCCACGCUCGUCGCCGCGGCCGACGACGACGACGACGACGACGAUGACUGGGCCGUCGACACGUCCAAGGAGGCCGUCGAGCAGCGCCAGAAGGAGCUCGAGGCCCAGGUGCGCGGAAUGCGCCUCGGCGACGACGACGACGAAGACGCAAACGACAACUACUCGCAGCUGGGUAACUGGAUCCUCGAGCAGGCCGAGAAGCCGAACAACGUCGAGGUGUUUAAGAAGAUCAAGGAGCUCGGGAUCGAAAACAAGCAUCGCACGCUGCAGGUGCUCGCGCAGACGCUGUUUGACAAAAACAUUCUCGCGCAAAUCAAGGAGCGCGCGCCGUUGCUCAAGAAACUGAUUGCGAGCGAAAACCACGAAAAGGCUCUGCUCGGCGGAACCGAGCGCUUCGUCGGUCUCGAGCAGCCUGAUCUGAUCCCCGCGAUCCCAAAGAUCUUGCACAUGUACUACAACUACGACCUCAUUUCGGAGGAAGUCGUGACAAAGUGGGGAUCGCGUGCGAGCAAGAAGUACGUCGACAAGGAUACGAGCAAAAAGGUGCGCAAGGCCGCGCAGCCGUUCUUAACUUGGUUGGAGGAGGCUGAGUCUGAGGAGGAAAGCGAGGACGACGACGAGGAUGACGACGAGUGAUUUUUAUUUCUGUUAUUAUCUCGUUUUAGUUUAAAAAGUAAUUGCCUUUUUCAGAUAGUUUGAGCUUUAACAGUCAAUGUAUAUAAGCAUAUGUCAUCUACAAUC